GUACGUGCAUGUCGGUAUAUAUAUAUACUGAGUGUUUCAGCUGUGAAGACAGAGUUUCUUCUUUCAGUUGCUCGGCUAUCAUGAAUCUGAAGGUGGUGUUUGCGGUUGUCCUCCUGAGUGCUUUGGCCAUCACCUUCACUCACGCUGGCAUCCCAAAAUGCUGCAUCCGGAUAAAAAAGAAUCCAAUAGAUCCGAGGAUGAAAGUUGAACGAUGGGAGCGGCAGUACAGCAACGGAGCCUGUGACAUCGAUGCACUGAUAGUGUAUGUAAAGAACAAGACCACGCCUCUCUGCGUCCACCCCAAACAAGAAGCCCGUCUGUUAAAGAUUACAAAGCUGAGAAAGUUGCGGCGGCACCUGUCCAGGGAAGUCUAAGAUGGACGAAGCAGGGUCGUCCAUGCAUCCGUGACGUUUCAUGCCGUUUGCUUUGUUUGUUGCGAUCUGGUUGUACAAGCUCGCUCAGUUGUUGUAUUGGGUCAAAUAUUUGUUUUUUUUUCUGCUACUUUAGCUCUGCAAGUGAUGGAGAAGAAUGAAACAUUUUCUUCAGCAGCAUACUUAAGUUCAGACUAAAGGAACGUUCUAAAACUGCCACUCAGAUGAGAUGUGAAGUUAAUAAUCUCUCUAAUGUAUGCAUUAUCAUUAUUGAAUGCACAAUUAACCUUUUUAUACAUUGUGCAGUUCAACUCAAUGUAAAUCUACUACCUAUUGUUCUUUAACAAGUGUUGCUUUUGUAUUAACCAAUAAUCCUCUAUGCUGUUACUGUGGGCAUAAUGUUGUGUUUUUGCAUAUUUGUACCGCCACAUUUAUUGGCAUGCUUGGUAAAGAUGUUGAAUAAAAAUCACAAAAUAAAUCUAUUUUAUUGCAGUGAAACUGAAAA